UAAUAAUGUCGGCUCCGAGUGAAGAGUGCUCUGACUUGAAAGGAGGUCAUCCGCCCGCAGUGAAAGCCGGAGGAAUGAGAAUCACUCAACACAAGACCGCCCACAACGAGAAGCCAACCGCCGCUGAACCCAACAAAGAUGAGACAGAGGAGGGCGAGGAAGAGGUGCCCGAAGAAGAGGUAGCGAAACCGACGCCACUCGUCAUCUCCGGAGCCGUCGCGCGGGGUGACGUUGACUUCCCGGCCGCUUCCGUAAAGGCAUUCCACGAGAAGACUCCGCAACCGAAGAAUGAGUUCCAAAACCAUCCAACGAAGGGUAAGGAAAUGGGGAAAAACAUCAAUCAGCCGAGGAAAUGAAGCCAUCGUUUCUCCCAAUCGUUUUGUCGUUCAUUUCCAUUGAAUGCGAAACACAUUUGAAAAGAAGUUAAAAAUAUUUUUAUGUAUUGAUUCACAAAAUGUUUGAAAAUACAAUAAAUGCUUGAUUUUCUUAUUUUUAUGAAUUAAAUCAGCGGUUAAUAUAUA